AUGAUCAAAUGGCCUUCUCUUUUUGUUGCGGAUGUUCAGAAAGACUGUCGAAUAUGUGAUAGGAUCUUGAUGGUGAAUGGUCUCGUCACAUUCCUUUGGGAGUGGUCGGUUCAGCCGACGGGUUCUGUGACUGCGGCUGAGUUAGCGGAAGCAGAAAGCACACCCUCUUCUGUCUCGGUUUCGGCUGCAAGGGAUAGCUGGGUGUGGUCGUUGGAGUCCUCGGGGAAAUUCUCUACUCACUCGGUAAAGGAAUUGGCUGUGAAAGAUCUUCGUGUUGUCGGCGCGUCUUCGUUCCGUAAGUGCGCUUGGGUUCCCGCUAAAUGCGAUAUAUUUAUCUGGAGAUCGUUGCUGGAUCGGAUCCCAACUAGACAAGCGCUAGUUAGGAGAAACUUUCGAAUCGACUCUGAAUUAUGCGUUUUUUGUGGGGAAGUGGCUGAAUCGGUUGACCACCUGUUUAUCGCUUGUGAGAAGGUUAUUAGGCUGUGGAAUCGGCUCUGCGAUUGGGCGAAGAUCCCGUUCAUUUUUGCUUUCUCUUUCGGCGACCUGCUGGAUUAUCACAAGGUUUUUCUAGGAAACAAGAAGUAUAAAGAGAUUAUUCGUGGGCUCAUCUUUGUCGCCGUUUGGUGCAUUUGGAAGGCUAGGAACGACAUGAUUUUUUUCCAAUGGGAGAGGGGAAGUCGAAGACAUGUUUAG